AUGUCACGCCGGCUCGUGUCGUAUAGCGAUCUGGAUGGUGCGCCUUCCACCGAGGCAGGCGAAGAAGGGCUGCCGGGGAUGGGCGAAGCUGGUCCGUCGGCAUACCACACCACGAACGGGAGCGCGAACAAGAAUGGUGGUGCGGGGAAGCGCAAGCGUGCCGAUGCUCAAGGAGUCGGAAAGGGACAAAGUGAGAAGCAGCGCAGGAACGGAGGCCAGGUGCACUGGGAUGAUCCGAGCUACAUUCCCGCGGGUGUGGAAGAGGAUGCGGGUGGGUAUCGCGCUGAGACGGCGACGGACGGGGUGGACGCUGUUGGAGAAGACGGCCUGGGUGAAAUAGGGCAUGGUGACUAUGACGACUGGGAGGAAGAUCAUGGGGAAGCUGUCUCGUCUACAAACGGUGCAGAUCAGCCCUAUACCAACUGGAAGUAUGAUGAGUGGGGAGAGCCGUACGACAGCACCUAUCAGGAGAACGAGUUCGAGGCCCACCCUGAUGAUUACUACGAGGACGAGGAGGACCCCGCUCGCACCGACUCGGAUUCGAGCGAGGACGACACCCUUUUGCCAUUCGCCAUCCCAGACGUGGCCGCGUACCACGCCUCCCUCGCCCCCACCUCUUCUACCGCCACCCUCUCCACCACCCCGCAUCGCCCGCCUUCAGCCGUCGGAGGGGGCGGCCGAACCCUAACGCACACCGAAAUUUGGUCCUCCACCAGCAUCGUUGGCGCCUUCAACGCGGCUCUUGCACAAUACUGCUCGAUGCACUCCCUCCCGGUGGGCGCAAAAGGGGCAAGCUCGGCGCUGUGGGAUGACGCGCCCGGGUUUGACUCGCUCCUCGCGCAACAGGUUCGGGAGGAUACCGCACAGAUUCUUGCCCAGCGCCGCACGCAUCCCGCCAACACAGCGAGUGAUGUGGUCGCCCUUGAGGCCAGUGUAAAAGGUGUCAUAGGAGAGGAAAACGGAACAGGGGGAGGAGGAGAGGGAACGAGUAUGAAGAAGAAGCAGAAGGGUCCACCACCCAAUCCGCCCAAGCAUGUGGUGACGCAUGUGCCUCAUGGGGAGAUGGAUGGCAACAGGGCUUGGAAGAGGGCAGUCAAGACGGUGCAGACCACGCCGAAUCAGGUUGGGACCAUAGCCUAUGCAACACAGCACGAUGCGAUAGCGGAUGGGGUCCGCGAUCACGCGGGACUGCGAGAGAACGAGGGCUCAGAUAGGAAGAUAGAUCAGGAAGGCAAGGCGGUUCAGGAAGGCAAGGAGCGCCCGGGAGAAGAUGGAACUGACGCAGAGAAGACGCAGAGAGAGGCAAAGAGGAAGCAAAGGGAGGCAGAACUGCAUGCGUACUGGUAUGCGGGCUAUCGGGCUGGUGUUGCUGCUGCCCACGCCAAGGCUAAUGAGGCACAGGAGGCAGUUGGCGAAGAGGCAGACGAAGCGAUGGCUGCCACCGCAGACACCUCACCCGUCGUCAUCGCUGACACCUCUUUCGUUGCCGUGGAAGCCAACGACCCCGCCGUCCAGACGAUCGAUGCCUCAUCCAGUUGA